UGAUGUAAAAAAGGAAUACAGAAAAAUAAACUAAUAGAAAAGAAAAACCAAAAAUCUCGUCUACAAACAAAAGCUAACGAAAAAAAUCGAUAAGAAAUUAAUAUUGAGAAAAUAAAACUAGAGAAAAAUGGGUGCUGAACAUUCCCAACAAAGAGCCGAGGCUGAUGGACGAGAAAUAUUUGAUUCUAACCUUGGUCUACAAGGCAAUCAAAUAAAUUCCGCAAGCUCUAGCCAUAGGACUGCUGCUACAGCUACGGGAGCCAUAAAAAAACGUACUAUGCUUAGGCAGUCAACUGCUCCUAACAGUAGUACAACUACAACAACAAAUAAAUUAAAACACAGCAAUGAUCCAAUGCCGUCGCCCACUACUUCAGAAAUGAGUAGACCUUCAUCUCCUCCCUUGAGUGUAUGUUCGGAUUUGCCUUAUGUUUCCUAUACCACUGAUCGACCCAUAGGUGACUCUCCCAAAAUAAGAGGUAAAUCGGCGAAUAGUUUAACUGGUUCAUCAACACAGCGUAAUUCUCUAGUCUUAAGGCGUCCUCAGACAGCAGUAAAACCAAAAAGACCCCAAUCUACAGUGGGUAGUCAUAGUAUAGUCAUAGUAAAACCAGGCAUUAAAGAUGCAAACGAGGAAAUAGAAAGUGAAUUGCAACAAUUACAAAGUAUACCACAAUUUUUACCCGUUCUAAGGGAUUCCGUCUAUUCGGCCACGUUUACCAAAGACGCUGAAUGUUUGGAACGUUUACAGAUACAGCCACAUUUGUUAAAUAUUUGCAAUCGCAUGCAAACACAUUUAAAUAUGUGUGCUACACAAGUGGCCCAGGAACAAUCACACCUAGUGGAACGCACCAAGGUCGUAAGCAAUUCUAUAACAACACUAUUUGCUUCAUUUGUUGAUAUGCAAAAGUCAUAUGCUGCCUAUGCGGAGCAAUUUAAUAAAGUGCGCUUGAUAUCCCAGCAACUAAGUCGUUGCAAUUCUCUAUUAAACGAUAAUUUAGCCAGUCUCGAGGCAAUUAAUAAUUUUCUAGAUGUCGAAGAUCGUUUGGAGCCAUUUGUUUGGCGUACUGAUGAUAAUAAAUUGCGCGGUGAAGCUGAAGGUGCAGCAGCAGCUGCUGCUGGUUCAAUACGUUUAAAAAGAUUGUAGUUGAAGAGAAUAGAUUCACAUUAAAUUUGUAAUUUAAGUUUUUAGUAAUUUUAAGUUUUUGUAAAUUAUUGUUUAAAUUAUUAUUUAGUUAAAAAUCUUCCACCACUCUCUCUAAAUUAAUUGUUAAAAACAAAAUAAUACAAAU